UCUUCCCCGUCGGCUUUAGGCGUGACGAGGAGAAACUUGGAUGUUUUACUGAUAAGCGCGUUCUGUACCCAAAAGACCGACUGAGUGACUUUUUGGUGAUUGAGUGCGAAAAUCAGCCGUUUACCUGCACUUUGAACAGAUUACGAGAGGGAAAAGACGCGGCACAACGUACCACAAUCAGCCCAGUUAAAUAUCGCCAAUUCUCAAGAUGUUGACGGUCGAGUGUUCUGGAACUCCGUACGAGAUCGGAGUGCAACAUGGCACAGCCGCGAAGGCGCACAUUGAACGAUGCAUCGCCUUUUAUGCCGGGCUAUUUGAGAAGACCAGCAAAAUGGACUGGCCGCAGGUGCAAGACGUGGCUCGCAGUUUCGACGCGCACAUCGAGUCGACCUGGCCGACUUAUCACGAAGAAAUAAAAGGCAUCGCUGCUGGCUCGGGUCGCCCACUCUUGGAUAUCGUCGCGCUCAACGUGCGGACGGAGAUUGCGUUUGGCAAGUUCAGCGACGGGUGCACUUCGUUGGCAUGGCACACCGAGAAGAGAGCAUACCUCGGCCAGAAUUGGGACUGGAUGCUCAAACAGAAGGAAAACCUCUUCAUUCUCAAGAUAGUCCAAGCCGGUAAGCCGUCGAUCCAGAUGGUCACGGAAGCCGGCAUCAUCGGCAAGAUCGGCUUCAACUCGGCGGGCGUGGGCGUCUGCCUCAACGCCAUCAAAUCCCAAGGCAUGGACCCCACGCGACUCCCGGUGCAUCUGGCAUUGAGGAUGGCUCUGGAAAGCCAUUCGACCAAAGACGCGUUGCAGUCGCUCGAGCAUUGGGGUAUCGCCGCGCCCGGACACAUCCUUAUCGCCGACUCGACUGGCGAUGCCGUGGGAUUCGAAUUCACCUCGACCACGAUGCUGAAACUCCUGCCAGACGCUAAGGGCAGAGUCGUCCACUCGAAUCACCUGCUCCUGAAGCAUCCAGGCAUCAUCGAUACCGUUUGGAUCAAGGACUCCCUAUUCCGGGUCGACCGUAUGUCAGAGCUGACCGAAGACCUGGCCACCACGGAGCCCACCUGGGCCCAGGUGUCGCGGCUGUUUGAGGACGAGGUGAACGCCCCCACGGCGAUCUGCCGCGAUCAGAAAGGCGAGUCAACCUCAGGGACUCUCUUCAACAUCAUCAUGGACCUGAAACAGAAGACUGCCGUUGUCCGCUUGGGAAGACCCUGCCAGACGGAGGAAACGGACGAGUUGGCAUUUUGAAUUCUGCCUUUGAUGUACGAGUGCCACUUUAAGAGCCAGGAUGAAAGGAAGUACUACUAUAGCAGCCACGACAGGAAUGAUGAUAUGAACGUUUGUCCCUUGACUUGCACGAGCUGGCGAUUGUCUGUUGCCUGCC